AGUGACAUCAUGUCUUUAUGGAAAUUAGCGCCGGUGAAGCCACUCCCUGCCCCGGUGACAUCAGACGGAGCUCGGCAGUUUCCUCUGGAAGCCUCCGGGGCUGAAGCGGUGCACACACACACACACACACACACACACACACGCAUCCAACACCAGGAGGGAGCCCGAGAAUUACGACUGCUCGGCUGUUUUCGCUCUUCGUCUUGGUUUUAUUUUAGGAGAAAUAAACCCAAGAACUCCUCCUCCUCUCAGGCAGAACCUGGGCAGCUGCUGACAUCCAUUAUUGCCUGGAGAUAAAAAACAAAGUGCCCCAGAGUUGUGGAAGUCACUGCACUGUGCUCGGUGAAGGGCCUCAUCAUGGCCGCUCAUCGGAUCAGAGCCAACAACAACAACACGUCUCUUCCUCGCUGCAAAUCGGAGGGAACGCUGGUCGAUCUCAGCGAGGGAGUGUCAGAGGCCACUCUGACAGAUGUCAAAGUGCCUUCUCCGAGUGCCUUACGACUGGACACCACCGCUUCCUUUGGUGCCGCGAGGGAAGUUGUUGCCAUAAAGGACUACUGCCCAUCCAGCUUCACCACUCUCAAGUUCUCCAAGGGCGACCUCCUCUACGUUCUUGACUCGUCUGGGGGAGAGUGGUGGUACGCUCACAACAACACAGAGAUGGGCUACAUCCCCGCCGCCUAUGUGGAGCCCAUCAACUACAGAGACUCAUCCUUCAGCGACAGCGGCGUGAUAGACACGGUGUCGGACUGUAACGAGGAGGGAGCUAAAGAAAUGGACCUGUUAGGCGAGUGGACAGGAGAAAUUCUGAAACCCACCACUUUUCAAAAUGGAAAUCCUUUUGCAACAACCCAUACCUCUACAAAUCCGUUUCUAAACAGGGUUUCUCAGAGUGAUCAGACGAUAAAAGAGAAAUCAGUUGACCUCCUUCUGUUUGACACACUCUCUUCUUCUGGCCCCAAUUCUACCAGAAACACCGGAGACAAUGGUUUUUCCAGCCACGUCUUUAGCUUGAACACUCUUAGUCCCACUGUGGCUGUGGGGCAAACGUUUCAAAGAGACAACCCGUUUUUUAGAAGCAAGCGUUCCUACAGCCUGUCUGAACUGUCCAUCCUUCAGGCUCAGACAGAAGCUCCCCAAGCCUCCAGCGGUUUCUUCAGAGGUCUCAAAGCGCCGGCGCCCGAGCAGUUCCAGUCCAGGGAGGACUUCCGCACGGCAUGGCUCACCCAUCGCAAGUUGGCCAGGUCCUGCCACGACCUGGAUUCGCUGGGUCAGAACCCGGGCUGGGGUCAAACGCAGCCGGUAGAAACCAACAUUGUCUGUCGUCUGGACAGCUCAGGAGGAGCCGUGCAGCUUCCAGACACCAACAUUAGCGUCCUGGUGCCUGAGGGCCACGUGGCAGAAGGGGACACACAACAAAUCUCAAUCAAAGCUCUGCUCGACUCACCACUUGAACUGAACAGCGAUCGCUGCACCACUGUCAGCCCCGUGUUGGAGAUCAAACUCAGCAACAUGGAGGCCAAAACCACCAUCACCCUGGAGAUGAAAGUGUCCGUUGUUGUGAAAAUGGAGCACAGGCAGACGACAGAAGUCUUGUGCGUGAGGAGUGACUGUAAAGAGGGGCCGUAUGCCCCCAUUCCUCAGGCCUACAUCUAUGGGGACACGGUCCAGGUGGGCCUGGAUAACCUGGAGCCAUGCAUGUAUGUGUGUGUGGUUACCCGGGCCCUGUCUGUACGGCCUGAAACCACAGUCUGGGAGCACGUUGUUAAAAAGAUUACCUUAGGAGUUUACGGUCCAAAACACAUCCACCCAUCCUUCAAAACUGUGGUGGCCAUGUUUGGCCAUGAAUGUGCUCCAAAGAGCCUGUUGGUGAGCGAGGCGGGUAAGCAGGCGCAGUCUGCACCACCAGUUGCCCUGCAGCUUUGGGGUAAACAUCAGUUUGUCUUGUCGAAACCUCAAGACCUCCAUGUUGAGGUUUACUCCAACAUGGCCAACUAUGAGGUAAAAGCCAGCGAGCAGGCCCGAGCGGUCCGGGGCUUCCAGGUCCGACUAGGCAAAGUCAGCAGGCUGAUCUACAUGAUUUCCACCCGCAACGCUGAAGAUGUUUCGGAUUUCACUCUAAGAAUCCAAGUCAAAGACGACCAAGAUUGUAUCCUUGCUCAGUUUUGUGUCCAAACACCAACACCGCCACCGAAAGCAGGCCCAAAGACGUCAGUGCAGCGGCGAUUCCUGAAGAAGAAGGAGCUGGGGAAGAUAGUUUUGUCUCCUCUUGCUGUUGCCACCAAAUACCCCGUUUUCCAGGACAGAAAAAUAAACAACCUAAAGUUUGGGAAAUUAAUCAAAACCGUAAUCAGGCAAAUGAAAAACCAGUACUUGCUUGAAUACAAAAAAGGAGACUUUGUAGCCCUUCUGAGUGAGGAGCUGAUCAAGCUGAAGGGCCAGUUGUGGACUAAAGAGUGGUACAUUGGGUAUUAUCAGGGCAAAAUAGGGCUUGUUCAUGCUAAGAAUGUCCUGAUAGUUGGCAAGACAAAGCCCACUAACAUCAGCGGGCCUGAACUUACAACCUGGUUGUUGCUGGAGCAAAUACUGAAGCCCUGCAAGUUCCUCACAUACAUCUAUGCCUCAGUAAGAACUAUACUGAUGGAGAACAUCGGCAACUGGCGCGUUUUUGCGGACGCUCUUGGCUACGUCAACCUGCCCCUGACGCAUUUCUGCCGCACAGAGCUGGACAGUGAGCCAGAGAGGGUGGCGUCGGUCCUGGAGAGGCUAAAGGAAGACUGCAACAAUGCAGAGAGCAAAGAGAGGAAGUCCUUCCAGAAAGAGCUCCUGACUGUAAGUUGCAGCUUUGGCACGUUCCUCUGUUGUUUAGUAUGAAAAUAAAGAACACUAAUUGCUUGCUCUUGUUUUAAGCACUGGGUCUCAAUUGGAUCCCCUUUGUUCCUCCGUGGGUCCAAUUAAACAGCCGUAUGUUUGGGAGAUUUCGCUCAAACAACAUCCUUUCCUCAGGUUUAUAAUCUCUCCGCAGCUGCUUACGGCCUGAAGCUUCAGGCAGUGAUCCAGUUCUACUAAUUCAGCCGGGAGUGGAGUUGAUAGCUGCUGCGUUGGCACCAAGGUGUAGCAGGGGCCCGAGGAGCCGUGGAAAACAGCAGAGUGCUUUGUUCCCCCUACCCAUGUCUGUUGCUGGAGUUUCACAGUGUGCAGUUUGCAUAUAACCUGCUGAUCUGAUGAAUCCAGCUGAUCUUAUAUAG